AUGAGCCACGAACAACCGCCGCUCAAAGUCGGGCAUUCGAAUGUUGAACUUGACCUAGCUCAGACUCCAUCACCUUCGACGCCUGUUUCCACGUUGGCACCGUUCAACUCGACCACUACCACUACCACUAGUAAAAUUAAAGCAACGCCGAUGAGCAUGUUGAUAAAUAGAGACUUGAAUCAGCCUGGAAGAGAUUAUCCAUUAGCUGAUACACCUACGCCUCCCGCUUUAAAGCGUUUCUGUUUUGACCUUAAUGGUCAACCAACUUAUUUUCGGGAAAAUGAAGAUUCGGAAGAAGCGAUAAUUAAACUUCAAGAAGCUUUGUACAAUAUGCGAGCAUCAUCUGGACCCAUUUCAAAAUCAUCAGUUUUAACAAUUCAAGCAACUCCCGAUUCAUUGUCGCAGUCUGAUACAACCCAACAAACUAUUUCAAGUCCUUCAGAAAGAAAAAGUAGUGGGAUUGUUCCACAUCGUAAAUCAUUAUCACCACCUUAUAAAAAAGCUCGAGCAAAAACCGUUAAAGUGAUGCAAGAUGAAGAAAGCGAGCUGAGCUCAAAUCUUCCAGUUGAAUCUUCUACGUCGUCUUCAUCUUCCAUCACUUUACCACCAAUUUCAUCAUCUUCCACCAGCACUACUACUAGACAUUAUAAUAAUACAAUUAGCACUUCUAGCCUUGGUAUUGACACCCCAUCUACUACAAGAAGUACUCAUUCAUCAGCUUUACCCUCGCCAUCACUCUCCCCGAUUGCCGGAGCUGAUUCUUCUAAUGGUGCUAAUCAAUUUGAUAAUUUCUUUGAACAUUCGAUUGAAAAUAGCGAUGAUGCAAUGAUUGAAGACGGGGCAACUCCUAAUUCACUGCAUAUUGCUCAAAAUUGGGCUCCGGAAGAAUCGCAAGGCGGAUCAAAUGGAGCACAUGUUCCAAGUUUAUUGGAUUUACCAACGAUGUUAUCCACUUUUGAUGCGUUACCAUCCUCAAUGCAAUCAUACAUGCUAUUUCAUCUUUUAAGACGUUGUCCCACAAAUACUCUGCAAUACGUCAGUAACAUAAUUUUACCUGCGUUAAGGAGAGAUUUUCUAGGGAUGCUCCCGCUUGAACUCAGUUUGCAGAUUGUUAGGUAUUUAGAUGCGCCAAGCAUGUGCAAGGCAGCGCAAGUAAGUAAGAGAUGGCGGACUGUGAUUGAUGGUGAUGGGUACACGUGGAGGCGUCGUCUUGAAGCAGAUGGAUUUGGUAUUGAUGAAGGGGAGGAAUCCCGUGCAAUAUUAGAAAAUUGGGGAACUUUACUUUCAACCACUAAUAGAAAUAACAAAUUAAACUGUAAUAUCACUGUUAAAGAAGAGAGUGGCGCUUCUUCUUCGGAAGAACGUACUGUAAUAGAGAAUGACGAAGAUAUGAGAAUUGAAAGGGCUAUAACACAAGAAGAUAUUGUCGUGAAAAUUGAAAAUACACCCCAGGAUUCUAAAAAAUCGCCGAAUAAUUAUCAUGAUGAAAUGUCACUUGACAUCGAAGAGAAAUUUAUAAAAGAAGAAAAUAAUCACACUCGAGAUUCAUCAUCAUCAUCCUAUUCCUUCGCUCAAACGAAAAAUCAAGCAACAAACAGCAACAAUGCAACGCCUUACAAUAGUGUUAGACGUUAUGUAACACCUCAAAAAUCAGACAAAGGAAAAGAAAGCAGUGAUCGACCGGAGAUGUCAGAAGAAACUCUUCCUUUGCCACCUUCCGCCGAGCAUCCUUAUAAAGCUAUUUAUCGACGUCACUAUCUCAUUCGUCAGAAUUGGAUUCAUGGUCGGUCCACGCACAUUUCAUUCCCUGGACAUGGACCAAAUGUAGUGACUUGUCUUCAAUUCGAUUCCGAUAAAAUUAUCAGCGGAUCUGACGACCAAUGUAUCAAUGUCUAUGACACUAAAACUGGUACAUUAAGAAAAAGAUUAGAAGGUCAUGAUGGUGGGGUAUGGGCUCUACAAUACGUUGAAAAUACUUUAGUUUCUGGAUCAACUGAUCGAACUGUUCGUGUCUGGGAUAUUGAAAGAGGUGUAUGCACACAUGUCUUCCCAGGACAUACAAGCACAGUCCGAUGCUUACAAAUCAUCCUCCCAAAGAAUGUAAACACAAACCCCAACGAACCACCAAUAGUAGAACCUCCAAUUCCGUUAAUCGUAACUGGAUCACGAGAUUCCACACUAAGAGUUUGGCGUUUGCCGAAUUCAUCAACCGAUCCAAGCUUUACUCCUAAUAUUCCUUUAUCGCCGUCUGAUAAUAAUGUAAAUGAAAAUCCAUAUUUCGUGCGUGCUCUACAAGGUCAUACGCAUUCUGUACGUGCAUUGGCAGGGGUUGGUAAUACUUUAGUGAGUGGUAGUUAUGAUUGCACGGUCAGAGUAUGGAACAUUAUGACAGGCGAAUUACAUUGGCGUUUGCAGGGACAUACGCAGAAAGUUUACUCUGUUGUAUUGGAUGCUAAGCGGAAGAGAUGUAUGAGUGGAAGUAUGGAUGGUACAGUAAAGGUUUGGAGCUUGGAGGAUGGAGUUUGUGUCUGGACUCUGGAAGCAGCUGACUCUAGCCUUCGCAUAUGGAAUCCAAAUGACGGUACAUGUCGACAUGUUCUAACAGCACACACUGGAGCUAUCACUUGUUUCCAACAUGAUGACCAGAAAGUAAUUUCUGGAUCUGAUGGCACACUUAAAAUGUGGGAUGUGAAAACCGGUAAACCUAUUCGUGAUUUAUUAACAGGCUUAAGCGGCGUAUGGCAAGUCAGAUUUGAUGAACGAAGAUGCGUUGCUGCUGUUCAACGAAGUAAUGUAACUUGGUUUGAAGUAUUAGAUUUCGGAGUAGAAGGAAUAGAAGGAAGAGAUGAAAAUAACUUGGGCGAAAAUAAUAAUAAUGGUGAAGUUGGUGAAUGGACAGAUCGGAGGACUAUAUUGGGUCUAAAUGAUUCAUUCGACGAUGCAUGA